AAUCACAAUCAAAAUACCCAUUUCUGAUUUCACCUCCUCGUUAGUUUCCAAAGCUACCACACCAAACCCCACAAAAAAAAUCUCCAUAACCUUGCUACCAACCAAAAUCCACGAUUUCAAAACAACACCCUUUUCAAUCCUUUAUCUCAAUCCUUUCAAAAAUUCACACCCGACAUAGUUUUUCUCAUUUUUCCCCAACUGGGUUUUGCGUCAAAAUUUCUGAUUUGGUCAGAUUUUUAUUCAUUUAUCUAUAACAGUUUGGCCUAUGUUUUCUUUUUCUUCUGUAAAGCCAUGAAUUUCAGGAGCUUGGAAGAGUUCUGGGCUUUUUACAUGACCCAACAUUCAAAGCCAUCAACUAGGCGCUGGCACUUUGUAGGGACCCUCUUGAGCAUCUUUUUCUUGCUCUGUUCAUUUCUAUUCAGCUGGUGGUUCUUGUUCUUUGUGCCUUUCUCAGGGUAUGGAUGUGCAUGGUACAGUCACUUCUUUGUUGAAGGCAAUGUUCCAGCCACUUUUGGUCACCCAUUUUGGUCACUACUUUGUGAUUACAAGAUGUUUGGUUUAAUGAUUACUGGUCAAAUGGAUAGAGAGAUCAAGAGGCUUGGUAAAAGGCCUGUGCUUCAGGUCUUUUGAUUUUUCUAAAGUUUUAUCUUCUUUGCUGUGGCUUGGUCCCUUGCUGUUGAGAUUGAAUGAUUUUUCUAGAAGAAAAUAUAUUAUAGCUGAAUGACGCUGAUAUAUGACUAGGUUUUUCAAAGAUAUGACUUCUGAAAUUUAAAGUGUUUCGGAUCACUGAUGAAUUCGUACACAAUUGUUGGUGGAAGAGUGGUGCCUUGGGGUUGGCUUACCGGUCUUUGAGGCGAAAAAGUGUGUGAAUGUUCAAACAAUCAAAUACUGAAAGUGUGAGUGACAACAAUGUUUUGGACUUAACUGAUCACAUUUAAUCUGUGAUGUCUUGGUGUUUUCAUGAUCCAUAUAUGUAAAUUGAAAACCGAAACAUUUGAUGCUACUUGCUAGCAAUACUUUCGCCUAAAUUCAAUAAAACAUGGUAUUAUCUUGA